AAAUCGUGCCAAUGCCUGGCAUACUGCAUAAAUGGAAGCAGGGUACCGCGAGAUACUACUCAUCAACGAAUCAAAUUCAGUGAUGACAGAGUAUGCAAGAGUCACCUUCUGAAUUGUUGCCCCCAUGAUGUCCUGUCUGGAACUAGAAUCGAUCUUGGAGAAUGUCUGAAAGUCCAUGACCUGGCUUUAAGAGCAGAUUAUGAAAUUGCAUCCAAAGAACAAGAUUUUUUCUUUGAACUCGAUGCUAUGGAUCAUCUGCAGUCAUUCAUUGCAGAUUGUGAUCGAAGAACAGAAGUGGCUAAGAAAAGAUUAGCAGAAACUCAGGAAGAGAUUAGUGCUGAAGUUGCAGCAAAGGCAGAACGUGUUCAUGAGUUAAAUGAAAUCGGUAAAUUGUUGGCUAAGGUGGAACAGCUAGGAGCUGAAGGGAAUGUGGAGGAAUCCCAGAAAGUAAUGCAUGAAGUAGAGAAAGCACGGGCAAAGAAAAGAGAAGCAGAGGAAGUUUAUCGGAAUUCCAUGCCAUUCUGGAAGCUGGAAGCUUCCAGUUUCCAGCAGCAGAAACUUCGAGUCUGUGAAGUUUGCUCUGCCUAUUUAGGUCUUCAUGAUAAUGACAGACGACUGGCUGAUCAUUUUGGGGGUAAACUGCACCUGGGUUUUAUUGAAAUAAGAGAGAAACUUGAAGAAUUAAAGAGAGUUGUAGCUAAGAAGCAGGAGAAAAGAAACCAGGAACGCCUGAGAAGAAGAGAAGAAAGGGAGAGAGAAGAAAGGGAGAAGCUGAGGAGGUCUCGAUCACAUAGCAAGAAUCCUAAAAGAUCCAGGUCCAGAGAGUAUCGCAGACAUAGGUCUCGCUCCAUGUCACGGGAAUGGAAAAGGAGAACUCGAUCCAAAUCCCGGGAGAAACGCCAUCGCCACAGGUCCCGCUCCAGCAGCCAUAGUCGCAGUCGCAGCCACCAGAGAAGUGGGCACAGUUCUAGAGACAGGAGCAGAGAGCGAUCCAGGAGGAGAUCCUCAAAAGAGAGAUUCAGAGAACAAGACUUAGCAUCACGUGACAGAGACAGGAAUUCAAGAGACAGAUCACCUCGUGACAGAGAUCGAAAAGGUAAGAAGCAGUCCUAUGAGAGCGCUAAUGGCAGAUCAGAAGACAGGAGGAGCUCUGAAGAGCGUGAAGGGGGAGAUAUAAUUAGCUGUGUACAUAUCCUCAAUCCUUAAGCUUCCUCUGGAGUUACAUACUAUUGUUUAGUUUACAGCUGUUCAGGGUGACACAGUGAGCAGUUCCAGACACCUAUCCAGCUAGGCUAGGUGUAUAGCAUCUAACUUGAUCUGAACUUGUUUUCUUUGAUGAAGCCUAAAACUACAUCCAUAGUUUCUGGUGAACUUGUAAUACACUUCUGAAAGUACAGUUUUAUAUAAUAAGAUGCUGAUGUCUUUAUUCUUUCUAGUAGGAGUGAUAGUGAAUGAAUUGUGUUACUUGCUUUGGGAUUUUUUUGAACAUUUGUAAAAUG